GAAGGUUUAUUUUGGCUUCUCCUGCCUCUCAGUCGCCGCCAUUAUAGAAAUUGGCAAAAUAGUGCUGAGGAAAGAUGGGCGUUUGAAGGUUCAGGAUUCGAGCAGAAGACGGUGCCCGGGGGGCUGUUUUCUGUGUCUUGCGUGGGGUCUUGUCGCGGACUCGGAGGGGUCGGGGAAGAAGAAAUGGGAAACAUGUAAACAAAUACGGGGGGGUUUCCGAAAGCAGCCGGACCGAAUUAGGGAUUGGGAGGAAAGGAUCGAGCGAAGCGGGGAGGACGGACCGGACCGGAACGGGACUGGACUGGACUGGACUGGACUGGACUGGACUGGACGGAGCAGGAGCAGACGGGACGGCUCGGAGGGGCUGCUGCAGUCGGGCACCACGGAGAGGAGGAGUAUAAACACAGGAGAAAGCUGCCCUCUUCCUGUCUCCCCUCCUCGACAAGGGAGUCGGUCUGCACGAGGGUGACUGGCCAGCCAUGACGGAGCUGGGCGUGAAAUGGGCUUGCGAGUACUGCACGUACGAGAACUGGCCGUCGGCGAUCAAGUGCACCAUGUGCCGUGCUCAGAGGCCCAGUGGAACCAUUAUCACCGAGGAUCCCUUUAAGAGCAGCCCGGGCUUGGACGCCGGCCGGGAGUGGGACCCACAGUCGACGGAGGGCGGUAGCAGCCUGCUUAUCUGUCCAGACUCGAGUGCCAGGCCCCGCGUCAGGCCCACAGGCCCGGCCGAGGCGGCCAGCAAGUGGUCCUGCCAGAUGUGCACGUACCUGAAUUGGCCGCGUGCCAUUCGCUGCACUCAGUGCCUGUGCCAGAGGGAGCGAGCUCGCAGCCCCACCGAGGCGCCCCAGUCAUCGGGCUCCGGCGGCCGUCCCACACCUGUGCCGCAUCAUCCGGUGGACCCCUGCGAGGAGUACAACGACCGCAACCGGCUCAACACGCGCGUGCAGCACUGGACCUGCGCCGCCUGCACCUACGAAAACUGGCCCCGGGCGCGCAAAUGUGCAGUGUGCGACCACCCGAGGCCCAACGCCGGCCCAGAGGCCAUCAAGCUGGCCGAGUCCGAGGAACCCUCGCCCAUCAUCAAUGAGCAGGACCGUGCCCGUUGGCGGGGAGGGUGCAGCGGGAGCCAGCGGACGUCCCCGCCCACCUCCAAGAGGGGGUCGGAGGUCAAGAUGGACUUCCAGAGAAUCGAACUGGCGGCAGGUGCGGUCAGCACCAAAGAGGAGCUGGAGAUGGACUUCAAAAAACUGAAGCAGAUCAAAAACAGGAUGAAGAAGACAGACUGGCUGUUUCUGAACGCGUGUGCCGGUGUGGUCGAGGGAGACCUGUCUGCGGUGGAGGCAUACAAGUCCUCGGGGGGUGACAUCGCACGGCAGCUCACCGCCGACGAGGUGCGCUUGCUCAACCGGCCGUCGGCCUUCGACGACGGCUUCACCCUGGUCCACCUAGCCAUCCGCUUCCAGAGACAGGACAUGCUUGCCAUUCUUCUUACGGAGGUCUCCCAGCAGGCGGCGAAGUGCAUCCCGGCCAUGGUGUGUCCGGAGCUGACGGAGCAGAUCCGCCGGGAGAUCGCCGCCUCGCUGCACCAGCGCAAGGGCGACUUCGCCUGCUACUUCUUCACUGACCUGGUCACCUUCACUCUGCCUGCAGAUAUUGAGGACUUGCCUCCAACAGUUCAGGAAAAGCUGUUCGACGAGGUGCUGGACCGGGACGUGCAGAAAGAGCUAGAGGAGGAGGCUCCCAUCAUCAACUGGUCGCUGGAGCUGGGCACGCGGCUGGACAGCAGGCUGUACGCGCUGUGGAACCGUACGGCUGGAGACUGCCUGCUGGACUCGGUGCUGCAGGCCACGUGGGGCAUCUACGACAAGGACUCGGUCCUGCGCAAGACACUGCAUGACAGCCUGCACGACUGCUCGCACUGGUUCUACACGCGGUGGAAGGAGUGGGAGUCGUGGUACUCACAGAGCUUCGGCCUGCACUUCUCCCUCAGGGAGGAACAGUGGCAGGAGGAUUGGGCCUUCAUCCUCUCGCUGGCGAGCCAGCCUGGCGCCAGCCUGGAACAGACUCACAUCUUCGUCCUUGCGCACAUUCUUCGUAGACCAAUCAUAGUUUAUGGAGUGAAGUAUUACAAGAGUUUCCGUGGCGAAACAUUAGGGUACACGCGCUUUCAAGGGGUGUACCUGCCUUUAUUGUGGGAACAGAGCUUUUGCUGGAAAAGCCCCAUUGCUCUUGGUUACACAAGAGGCCAUUUCUCUGCACUGGUGGCCAUGGAGAACGACGGCUACGACAAUCGAGGCGCGGGCGCCAACCUCAACACUGACGAUGACGUCACUGUCACCUUCCUGCCCUUGGUGGACAGCGAGAGGAAGCUGCUGCACAUACACUUCUUGUCAGCGCAGGAGAUGGGGAACGAGGAGCAGCAGGAGAAGCUGCUGCGGGACUGGCUGGACUGCUGCGUGACGGAAGGCGGCGUGCUGGUGGCGCUGCAGAAGAGCUCGCGGCGCAGGAACCACCCGCUCGUCACGCAGAUGGUGGACAAGUGGCUCGACGGGUACCGGCAGAUCCGGCCCUGCGCCUCGCUGUCCGACGGCGAGGAGGAGGAGGACGACGAGGAUGAGUGAGCGGGCCGGCGGGGAACGCGGCGCCCGAGCUGGGCGGGACGGGGCGGAGGCGGCUGAUUUGGAACUGGAAGGAGGUGGUUCCUGCAGAAAUAGAAAAACGCCCCAAAAAACACACAUCAGAAGUCAGAAGGAGACGGGAAAGAAAGGAGAAACCGAUGGACUGACAGGCCUCAUCUUUGCUGCAUCACAGAACUGCUAUGGGUUCAAAUAAAGGAUUCGAGUUUACAGCGAGAUGUUACGGAGUCCCUCCUCGUAUGUAAAUCUUUUUCCAUAAAUGUAAUGCAUGUGGUUGUUUAAGAAGUUAUGUAAUAGGGAAAAUACCAGCAUCUAAAGAAUAUUUAUAUUGGUUUAUCAUGGGCACUUCUUGAAGCACAUUUUUAAAAUGAUUUCCUUACGAGAGGACCACCCCCCGCCCACCCUGUGCUGCCCCAGGAUAGACCCGUGAUUGGCUGGGGUGUCCAGGGGGUGAAAAGCCAAUGAAAUCUUACUCUUAAACUGGAGAGUAUCUUUAGGAAAUUGUGUACUGCAAACACUAAAUGACUGCACAGUUUGUUCAAUGAUUUGGAUUAAAAACAGAAUUGCUUGGUUGGAGACUGUGA